AUGUCUCAAUCUUUAAUUAUAUUCAAGCCGUCAGGAAAAGUUGAGUACCAGUAUAAUAACAAAAUCACCCCAUUCAAUGAUUUCAUCUCGACGUUAAUCAAUGAAACACAGAUCAAUUUAGACCCAAAUUUCACCACCGACACUAUCAAUCAAAAACGAUUCUAUUGUUAUCACAAGGAAGAUGUGUAUGUGGUACUAUACUUUGAUGCGAUAACAACGAUAAAUAGUGAUAAGAUAAAGCAAUCACUCACAGGGAUUUACAAGACCUAUAGGAAAUUUGAUGAGUCAGACGAUCUUGGAGAGGACAAGUUUCAUAGCUUGGUUGACCUACAAUUCAAUAAUUUGAUGAAAUCAAAACACAAUGUUGAAGAGUCUAAAUCUAGCAAGGAAGUCGAGAAUGUCAGCAAUGGAGCUAAACCUGCAACAAAACAGACAUUGGCACCAAAGCAAACAUCUUCGAAGAAAAUGAGAAAGUGGGAUAAUAGUGGUGAAAUGGUUGAUUAUUCAGACAGUCAAGUAUUGGAUUAUUCCAGCAGCCAGGGCCAAGAUGUGCACCACCAACUCAAAGAAAUGAAGGUGAAUAAUGAAGCUGCAUUUACGAAGGAGAGUGAGCUCGUUUUAGUUAACGAAUUGAAUGACAUUUUAAACGAGUCAGAGGACGAGGAAGAGGACGACAACCAAAAAAAGCCAACAGGGUUCUUUGGCAGAAUUGGAUCGUAUUUUGGUGGCUCCAUUGAUGUUGACGAAGUAUCAAAGAAAUUCAAUGAACAAUUGAUCUCAAAAAACAUAGCACCAGGCACAGCGAAAACAAUUAUUGAUAAGCUUAAAUCAAGACUUUCCGGGAAGAAAGUGAAUAUGGUCACCUAUAAGCAAACUUUGGUUGAUGAACUCACCAAGAUUCUUACUCCAAAUGUGUCAACUGACUUGCUAUAUGAGAUCAAGCGAAACAAUACCGGCAGACCGUAUGUUAUAUCAGUUGUAGGUGUGAAUGGGGUUGGUAAAUCAACCAACCUCGCCAAGCUAGCCUAUUGGUUUCUCCAAAACAACCUUAAUGUGCUAAUAUGUGCUUGCGAUACAUUCAGGUCAGGUGCAGUGGAGCAAUUGAAGGUACAUGUAAAUAACCUUGACCGCUUGAAUUCGGAAUUGUCCAACAAGUCGAAAAUUGCCUUAUUUGAAAAAGGAUACGGUAGUGGUGAUCAUGUGGUACAAACAGCCAAAUCGGCAAUACAGUAUGCCACAGAAGAGCAUUUUGAUGUGGUGUUGAUUGAUACUGCUGGAAGAACGCAUUCAAAUGCCAAAUUGAUGGCACCUUUGAAAAAAUUUGGCGAUGCUGCUAACCCAAACAAGAUUAUCAUGGUGGGCGAAGCAUUGGUUGGUACCGACUCUGUUGAGCAAGCAAUCAACUUUAACAAUGCAUUUGGAAACAGGAGGAAUUUGGAUUUCUUUAUUAUAUCCAAGGUCGACACCGUGGGUGACUUGGUGGGAACAAUGAUCAAUAUGGUCAUGGCUACAAAAGUACCGGUUUUGUUUGUGGGUACCGGUCAGACAUACACCGACAUUAAGAGAUUAAGUGUGAAGCAAGUCGUAGAUAUGUUGACCAAGUGA